GCCCAGGUCAGGUUUUCAUUAACCGUGGGCCUCCUGGUAGAAGGCAGACUGGGGAGGCUUCUUUGAGAGGCUGCUGGAGCUGAAGUUUCUGUAAGCCGGCUUCUUGUGAGGUUGGGUUGGAGAGGACGGGGAAGUCGUGCAUUGGAUAUAUUGAGGCACCGAGGAGAAUAAAGGUCGCCACUUGCCACCCUCGGACGUGUCGGCAAAUAAGGAAAGAGUCACGACCCUGGGCAGGAGAGCUGGCCUUUCCCGAGAGAACAGCCGGCUGACGUCUGUGCUCCCCAGCCCGGGACUGGCCUGUGUCUUUCGCCGACUCGCCUGGGGCAGCCUGUGAGGAUGCCGAACUGGGGAGGAGGCAAGAAGUGUGGGGUGUGCCAGAAGACGGUGUACUUUGCUGAAGAGGUCCAGUGCGAAGGCAGCAGCUUCCACAAGUCCUGCUUCCUGUGCUUGGUCUGCAAGAAGAACCUGGACAGCACCACCGUGGCGGUGCACGGCGAGGAGAUCUACUGCAAGUCCUGCUACGGCAAGAAGUACGGGCCCAAGGGCUACGGCUACGGGCAGGGCGCGGGCACCCUGAGCAUGGACAAGGGGGAGUCGCUCGGCAUCAGACACGAGGAAGCCCCCGGCCACAGGCCCACCACCAACCCCAACACGUCCAAGUUCGCCCAGAAGGUCGGGGGCUCCGAGCGCUGCCCGCGGUGCAGCCAGGCCGUCUAUGCAGCCGAGAAGGUGAUUGGCGCUGGGAAGUCCUGGCAUAAGUCCUGCUUCCGAUGUGCCAAGUGCGGCAAAGGCCUCGAGUCCACCACCCUGGCCGACAAGGAUGGCGAGAUUUACUGCAAAGGAUGCUACGCAAAGAACUUCGGGCCCAAGGGCUUCGGCUUUGGGCAGGGGGCUGGGGCUCUGGUUCACUCUGAGUGAGCCCCCUGCACCCAUGCCCCGCUGCCCACGCCAUGCUUCUCAUCACCCCCCACCCCAGCGACCUCGAGACUGCCAGGCUCCCUCCCUCCCUCAGCCCUGCACGUGUCGCUAAGGACUUGACCCAGGGCGUCUGGCUCCUUUUGGUUUGGGCGUCUGCUGGAGGGCCCCCUCCCAGGUGCACCCCCACCCCGUCUGGCCUGCCAUGUCACCAGCUGGGCCUCUGGCUCUGGCUGUCCCCCCACCUCUCCCCUCCCCUGCCCUCCCCUCCCCACAGACUCCCGCCCUCAGAGGCUGAGUAUCCAUCAUCGGGGGCCCUGCAUGGGGAGGACCGUGCUCCUAGUGGGUGGCCUCCUAGUUCCCUCAGAGCAGGCCCGGGGCGUCCCCGCCCAGGAGUCACGGGGGAUGUGCAGAGGGGCCCGAAUGGAGGGGCUACCUGCCCUGGCCUAUCGCCUUCGAGGCUGUGGGCCACGGUACCCCCCAGCUCGGGGCGGGGGCGGGGAGGGGGGCGCAAGCCAGGCCCUAGGGCCCCGGUACAGGAUGUGGUCUGGCCUCCCUGGGCUUGAGCUCCCGUGUGGCAGGGCCCUGAUGAAACACCCCUGACCUUACGGCCACCCAAACCUGAGGGCGUCUCUGCCCAGCCUGGGUCCCGAGGCUGUGGGGGAUGGGGGUGGGGGGGCUGCUCCGCCAGCGCAGCCCAGCCCGGGAAUCGUCCUCAGCAUGGCCAGCUUGACCCUGAGGGAGGGAGGCGCACGCAGCUUGCCUUCACCUGGAUACCCGCCCCGCCCCGGCUCACCUGGGCCCCACCCUUUUCCUGGGACCCUCCCCCUCUGGCCACACCACCCACCCCUUCCAGGCCCCAGGUCCAGAGCAGCAGGAGGACGGGGCGGGCCAGGCCCGCUGACCCCAGGGACGGAGGGUGAUGCCACGUGGCGCUGCCUGGACCCAGGGCUGCAGCGCGGGCUGUGCUCAAGCUGACCUGCACCCCGUCAAUAAAGCUGUCAGAACAGA